AGAUAAGGGGAAAACAAAUACAUAAAGUAUACGUGAAAGAGAGGAGAAAAUUGCAGGCAUAGCAUAGGUUUAGUUUUAUCUUUUUUUCAUCUAUCUAAAGCGUGGACUUUAAUACUUUAUGCUGAAUUUGAUAAUUCAGAUCAAAAGUGAAUUAUUUGUGACACAAAACAAACAACAAGUUUGAAAGAGUUUCAUUUGUUUAGUUCAUUCAUUUGUUUGGCUUUGGUUUGUGAUCAAUAAUCAAUAAAGUUGUGAAUGGUUGGAGGUGGAAAUGGAGAGUGGCCUUCAGGUGGAGGGUUUAGUCCUGGUCCCAUGACUUUGCUUUCCAACUUGUUUGGUGACAACGAUGACUGCAAGUCUUUCUCCGAGCUCCUCGCCGGUGACACGUUGGAUGUUGAGCAUGGAGGUGGAGGAGGAGGAGGAAGAGGUGGUGGUGGCUUGUCACCGUUGGCCAUGUUCACUGCUCCACCUCAGCAAACGCUAGCACAAGCCUACUCAAAUGCUCAAAACCAAUCUGAACAUCAAUUUUCUGUAUCAGUAGUGCCUACCACUACCUCAUUGACACAAGUUCCUGCAAUAACAUUCAACAACAUUGCACAACAACUGAUACCGAACUCUGUUGAGUAUUCUUCUAACUCGGAACAAAGAUUACAGAAGUCUUCUUUUGUGAAUGUUGACAAGGCUAAUGACGACGGCUACAACUGGAGGAAGUAUGGACAAAAACAAGUGAAAGGUUGCGAGUUUCCUCGAAGUUAUUACAAAUGUACACAUCCAAGCUGUCUUGUGACGAAAAAAGUUGAACGCGAUCCUGUUGAUGGUCAUGUAACUGCAAUUAUUUAUAAAGGAGAACACAUUCAUCAACGCCCUCGUCCUAGCAAGCUCACAAAUGACAAUUCAAGUGUGCAACAAGUUUUAUCAGGAACAAGUGACAGUGAGGAAGAAGGAGAUCAUGAAACUGAAGUAGAUUAUGAACCUGGUCUCAAGAGAAGAAAAACAGAAGCCAAACUCCUGAAUCCAGCCCUUUCCCAUAGGACGGUCUCAAAGCCUAAAAUCAUUGUGCAAACAACAAGUGAUGUGGAUCUCUUGGAGGAUGGAUAUAGAUGGCGCAAAUAUGGGCAGAAAGUUGUCAAAGGCAACCCAUAUCCAAGGAGCUAUUACAAAUGCACAACUCCGGGUUGCAAUGUUCGGAAGCAUGUUGAGAGGGUUUCAACAGAUCCUAAAGCUGUAUUGACAACAUAUGAAGGAAAACAUAAUCAUGAUGUGCCAGCAGCCAAGACUAACAGUCAUAACCUUGCUAGCAAUAAUAGUGCAUCACAGCUAAAAUCACAAAAUGCCAUACCUGAGAUGCAGAAUUUCAACAGAAGGGGUCAACAUCAGCCUUCAGCAGUGGCACAUCUAAGAUUGAAGGAAGAGCAUAUAUAAAUAUAAUGUAGUUUUCAUAUUUUAUACAAGAUUGGAAGCAUGUGUUACAACUCACAAGUAAUCUUUAAGGUUUGAUGCUUUUUUGUUUUUGAAUGUGUGGCCAAAGUUUUGACCAAGGCCUAUAAGUCCAAUUUCUGGUAUACAAAAAGCAGCAUUAGAGAUCAUAUGUGUGAGUGGUUAGUUCUACAUUGUCUAAAAACGAGUGAUAUAUACAAGAAAUUUGAUUCAUAUAUC